AUGCAAGCGUCGGAUGCGUCUAACAACUCACGCCUGGUUCCCCCCAAAUACGGUCUGAACGGCGACUACAACAACAAUAACAACCACUCCGCCCCGAGCUUCUCGGACCGCAACGCUCGUCGAGCUAAUAUCCCCGCUAUAAAUACCGCUGCAGCAGGUCAGCCAUCCGAUAUGGCUUCUGGUGCCGCGUUUGAUAUGAACUUCACUCCACUUCUCCCUUCCCAGCUGCUGGUGGGCAGCCCCUUCCAGCCCGGGACCCCAUCCGCCUUCACCUCGCCCCAAUUCGCGAAUUUCGGAGGUUUCCCCCAGGGCAAUGCCAACGGGCACGCGCACAACUCGCAGAACCAGAUGGGGAGCCCAACCCAGGGCAUGCACAACCACGGUCUCUACUCUGGUAUGGAUCAGAUGGGCGCCUCCCAACUGAUGGGAGGACCACAGUCACCCAUUAAUGGGUUUGGAGGCAUGGGUAAUGCGACUCUGGGCAGCCCCGCGGCAUCGGUGGCCCCGGGAAUGUUGUCAGGAACAAGUCGUACGGUGUAUCUAGGAAACAUCCCGGCUGAAACAACUGCCGAGGAAAUCCUGAACCAUGUACGCAGCGGCCAGAUCGAGUCCGUUCGAUUGCUUCCGGACAAGAACUGUGCUUUCAUCUCCUUCCUGGAUAGCAGCUCGGCCACCCAUUUCCACUCGGAUGCCAUCUUGAAGAAGCUGGCCAUCAAGGGUAAUGAUAUCAAGGUCGGCUGGGGCAAGCCUUCCCAGGUACCCACGUCCGUGGCCCUGGCCGUUCAGCAGUCGGGCGCGUCGCGCAAUGUUUACCUCGGGAAUCUGCCCGAGGAGACGACGGAGGACAGCCUGCGGGAAGAAUUGGGCAAGUUCGGGCCCAUUGACACGGUCAAGAUCGUCAAGGAGAAGGCCAUUGGAUUCGUGCAUUUCCUGUCCAUCAGCAAUGCCAUGAAGGCCGUGACCCAGCUUCCGCAAGAAUCACAAUGGCAGGCGCCGAAGCGAGUUUUCUACGGCAAGGAUCGUUGCGCAUAUGUGUCCAAGACGCAGCAGCAGAAUGCUGCCCAGUUCCUCGGAAUCGCUCCUGGCUAUGCGCAUGUACUGAAUUCUGCGGAUCGCGAUCUGAUUUCCAACGCACUCGCUCAGCAGUCCGUGGCUGCGGCCGCCGUGGCGACGACGGCUGGCGGUGUGAACAACCUGGGUAACCGAACCAUCUAUCUCGGAAACAUCCACCCCGAAACCACCAUUGAGGAGAUCUGUAACGUGGUCCGUGGCGGUCUACUGCACCACGUUCGAUACAUUCCUGACAAACACAUUUGCUUCGUCACUUUCAUCGAUCCGACCUCGGCCGCUUCGUUCUAUGCCCUCAGCAACCUGCAGGGCCUGAUGAUUCACAACCGGCGGCUGAAGAUUGGCUGGGGCAAGCACUCCGGCCCUCUGCCCCCUGCCAUCGCACUGGCUGUCAGUGGCGGCGCCUCCCGCAAUGUAUACAUUGGCAACCUAGAUGAAACCUGGACCGAGGAACGCCUCCGCCAGGACUUCUCGGAGUACGGCGAGAUCGAACUGGUGAACACCCUGCGUGAGAAGAGCUGUGCAUUUGUUAACUUCACCAACAUCGCCAACGCCAUCAAGGCGAUUGAGGGCAUGCGCAAUCGGGAGGAGUACCGGCGAUUCAAGAUCAACUUCGGCAAAGAUCGUUGCGGAAACCCGCCGCGCCAGGCUGGAAACAACCACGGCAACAAUUCACAGCAGAACCGCAAUGGGGUCAACAACAUGGAAGGACCCCAGUCACCUUCACCUGCGCUCAACGGCUUCCAGCAGCAGAAUCUCAGCCAAUCCGGCUCGCAAUCCAGCCCGACUCGGCCUGCCCUCUCCCCUGCACCGGGGUCCACGGGCUCCCAGAACGGCCAGCGUCACCCGCUGCAGAACGUCUCUUCUCCCUCCGGAGUGCUAAACGUGGGAUCGAACAAUCCGUUGACCAUGUACCUGAACCAAAUGUCCGCCCAGCAAGCACAGGAGCAGGAGAACCGCAUGAAUGACCACAUGGGUCUGUCCCCAGGCCAACCGCAGCAGUCGAUGUACAAUGGCACCAGCAAUGGAGAUCUUCCCAACGGCGCCGGCAUGGAUGGCCCGAUGCACCAGCACAAGUCAUCGAACGGCUACCUCAGCGUCGCCAACGGUUCCGCAGGACCCGGCCACCACUCCACGGCCAGCACCAGCAGCCUGAGCGUGCCGCGUGCGCAGCACUCCCGCGCCGUCAGCCUGCCCUCCUUCUCCCAAGAGCCAUUUGGCCCUGGCUCAGGGGGACCGGGCGGUCACAGCCGUGCGGGCGCAGCACACCAAGCACAGAGCAGCUUCUCCAGCUUCACAUCCGCGCUCGGCGGCCUCAACCACCCGGGCUUCGGUCUAGCUAUUCAAAACGAAAACUCGCUCCCAGGCUGGGCCGAGGAAGAGAUCGGCGCCAAAUAA